CCUGUAGCGUCAGGAUUGCGUCAAUUUGGGUUUCAACCACGUCUUCAGUCUCGGUGCGGAGCUACUCAGAAGAACCAAAACAGGAAGGGGGUUGGAAAUCAGUGUGCAGAGGGGAGGACCGACGCUCCCCCUCCCCCCACUCCUUCAGCCCGAUCACAGCCUCCUUCUUCACCUUCCCCACUGCUUGUGUCUCCGGGUUUUGUUUUUGAUAGUUUUUCUUUCUUUCUUUCCUUCUUUCCUUCUUUCUUCCUUUCUCUCUCUCUCUCUCUCUCUCUCUUUUAUUUAUUUAUUUAUUUAUUUAUUGUUAUUCCUCCGUGGAAAAGCCUGCUGUCCGGUCUCUGCGAGAGAGUGACGAGCCGAGAAACAGCAGAGCAUCACAUUCGGCACUUUGAGCAGGGGCCGCUCAGCACCGGAGAGGGUGACUCUGCUAGCCCGGACAGCCUCGUCGGCCAGAGGCUCCAGGACCACGGACAGCGGCUCCAGUACCGCGGACAGAGAGCACCACCAACAUGGCUCCGAUCUCGGCCAGCCACCAGCAGUUCGAUGAAAUUCCUACAGUUGUUGGGAUCUUUAGUGCAUUUGGCCUUGUCUUCUCUGUCUCCCUUUUUGCUUGGAUCUGCUGUCAGCGUAAAUCAUCCAAAUCCAAUAAGACUCCUCCGUAUAAGUUUGUCCAUGUUCUGAAGGGAGUUGAUAUUUAUCCUGAGAAUCUCAACAGUAAGAAGAAGUUUGGAGUAGAUGAUAAAAAUGAAGAAAAGAACAAAUCAGAAAUGUCAAAGAAUUCUCUUCAUCUUGACCUGGAGAAGAGAGAUCUAAAUGGCAACUUCCCAAAAACAACCUCAAAAAUGCAGAGUUCUCCAGACUCUGAAAAUUCAUCUUCAAAGCACUUUUCAGAAAAGAAGAAAGAUUCGGUUUCCCCUGAUAGUUUAAAAUCCACUACAUCCCUGUCAUCUGAAGAAAAACAAGACAAACUAGGCACUCUCUUUCUCUCUUUAGAGUACAACUUUGAGAAAAAGGCAUUUGUAGUGAGCAUCAAGGAAGCACGUGGGCUGCCAGCAAUGGAUGAACAGUCAAUGACUUCUGAUCCCUACAUCAAAAUGACAAUCCUUCCUGAGAAAAAGCACAAGGUGAAAACCAGAGUGCUGAGGAAAACCUUAGAUCCUGCUUUUGAUGAGACCUUCACGUUUUAUGGGAUCCCUUAUAGUCAAAUUCAAGACUUAACGCUUCACUUUAUGAUCUUGAGCUUUGACAGGUUUUCCAGAGAUGAUGUCAUUGGAGAAGUCCUCAUUCCUCUUGCAGGAAUUGAAUUGUCGGAAGGAAGGAUGCUAAUGGACAGAGAGAUCAUCAAAAGAAAUGUUAGGAAGUCAUCUGGACGUGGAGAACUACUGAUCUCUCUCUGUUAUCAAUCUACAACAAACACCCUAACUGUGGUUGUUUUAAAAGCCAGACAUCUACCUAAAUCUGAUGUUUCAGGAUUAUCAGAUCCUUAUGUCAAAGUGAAUCUGUACCAUGUUAAGAAGAGAAUUUCUAAAAAGAAAACCCAUGUCAAGAAGUGUACACCCAAUGCUGUGUUUAAUGAGUUGUUUGUCUUUGACAUUCCUUGUGAGGGCCUUGAUGAUAUCAGCAUUGAAUUUUUGGUUUUAGAUUCAGAUAGAGGGUCAAGGAAUGAGGUCAUUGGUCGGUUAACCUUAGGAUCUUCAGCAGAAGGAACAGGUGGAGAACAUUGGAAAGAAAUAUGUGAGUAUCCUAGGAGACAAAUUGCCAAAUGGCAUAUGUUGUGUGAUGGUUAGCAGCUCAGAGCAGGGUUAGAACUUGAAAAACUAUGUAUAUUUCCAUAGGCAAGGAGCAGUUUUCUUUCUUUGCUAUCUGUAAUUGCAGGCUUGUAACUACGAGACUUUUUUGGGAGGGUGGGGAAAUAAAAAACUUGAUUGAAUUAUCAAAAUAGAAGGUAGCUAAAUUUUCAGAGUAAAUAAAGGAAUUAAUAUUUCAAUUGAAUUUAACUUAAUUAGAUUUUUUUAGCAUUUUUCUGUAGUUUACAUAGCCUAAAACUUCUGAAGCAGUAUAAUCUUCAACAAGAACAAAGUUGUUUGUGUGUUUUGUUUUUUUUUAAAAAAAAAUCACCAGAAACCUUAUUAGUACUGUUAUCCAGAAGAAGAUAACCUCAUUGAAGUAUACUGCUAGAUCAAAGAAAAAAAACUGCAGCUUAAUCUAUGAUUCUACGAUUAUUCUGGGAAGGCGCUCAGUCUAUAAACACAAUGGGGAUUGACAGUGAAUAAGAGGGGCAUUCCUUCUGUCCCUCUGUCAUAAACCUUCUUUUAUGAAAAUUCAAUCAUUAUUUGUAUGUUUUGGUUAUUUAUACUUUGAUCAUUCCAAAGACUGAAGAAAUUUUCAGUGACUUGCUUUAAAUACUACAUCACGUGCAACUAGUUGUUUUAUGUGUGGAAAUACUGUAUAAUUAUUUACAUUUGGAUUUUUUAAUAUGUGUAUAUAUAUCCUGUUUUAUUACAGUGACUAAAAUAGAUGCAUUCUGUAAAUCAUCAAGUAAGUUAAUGUAUACUGUGUUGUCUAAAGGGCUCCUUUACGAAUGACUGUACAUGUUAGAAUUUGGGAUUAGGCAUGGGUUAAAUCUAGUAAGGAUUAAACCUUUAGCAUUUCAUACCAAGUGAAAGCGCUUACACUGAGAUGAAGAAGUGUACAGGAUACUUCUGUCAUUGAACUUCCACUAAUCAUAGCUACAUUUAAUGUAUUUCAAUAUUAUUUAAGGAAACAUUAUUUCUCCUUUUGAUUUUUUCAUUAAAUGAAAAAGAGAAAGAAAAUCAUGAAACAGAGUACAAAGUCUCAUUCAUUAGUUUAACUUCCUGAACUUCUGCCACUACAGUCAGUAAGACUGCUCUGAAGAAACAAAGAUUAAUGCAUUCUUAGACAUUUUCAGUACAGGAAAUCAAGUUAAUGCUAUGAUUUAUACAGCAUUAUGUUAGAUGAAAGACUGGAAAAGUGCAUUUCACUUUGAUGACAUGCAUUAAUGUCUACUGAUUGCACUGAAAAUUGGUGAUAAAGAAAAGGUGCCAUGGCUUCUUGUGUAUGUGACAUAUGUGUACUUUAAUUUGUGUCAGUCUAUGGGAAUAUAAAGUGCAAAAAAGAUAAGUAUAUGUAUAAAGGAUUUAGGCCUAUGAAAUUCACUCUAUGUCAUACCUAAUAUAUUUUUAGGCUGUCAGAACUGUAGCACAAAUACAAGCAGUUAUUUCCUAAAGCUUUACACUGAUUUCUGAUAUUAAAGUUUGAAAAUACUGCUCAGAAAUCAUUUUUGAUUACACUAAAAUAAACAAUGAUAUGAUGAUUUUACCAUAUAACUGCUGACAACUGACUUAAAAAGUGGAAAACAGUUUUCAGUAUUUUAGCAUACAUCAUUUUUUCACUUGUAUUCCCACUGAAGUGAAUGAGGCUAUUUGGGAAUAAAGGUACCGUGCAAUGAAUGGAAAGGUAAGAGAAGGAGGAUGCCAUUUAAACAAACAAACAUAAAAACAAAAACAAACAAACAGAAAACAAUAACAGCAACAAAACAUUUUCAAUGUUACAUUAUUUCCAUUAAACAACAGAUUCAGGUCUUGUUCACAACUUUUGCCUAUUUCUUGUUGACUUUUCCUUGUUCUCAUAUGGCCAAACUAUGUUUGCAGUAAAGGACACUGAAACAUGAAAUAUGCAAGUAGAAAAAUAAUACUGGAAGAAUUCUAUUGAAGCUCUUUCAGAUUUUGUGUGAGUAAUUUCUUCAGUUUUUGAGAAUGUGUUUGAUAUAACAGUGUUUAUAAAGUUCUGUAAAAAUUCAUUUUCAAAAUGACAUAAACAUGCUUUUUAUGAUCUUGCUCAGUGUAAAAAAAGAAAGUGUAUUGUAUGUAUAAAGGAGAAGAAUUCUUUCUUUCUUUCUUUCUUUUGAAAGCUGAUUAAUUUCUCAAGGGCUAGAUUUGCCAACCUUGUUCAUUGAGGUGUAAUUCAAAGCCAGCCACACAGCUGAAGGAAUGAUGAUCACAAGCUUUGGUGGGGUUUGAGAUGCAAUCACAGAGUAAAACUCGUCUUGUGAAUCAAACCAGCACAAUGAGGCUAUGGACAGAGGAAGGUUUAAUAGUGGCUGGAAGAAUUUAAGAUAUUAUUAUAUGACUAGAGUUGUUAACAUUUCUGGUAAGGACAGUACUUUAUACUAGAAGUGACUGCAUCAAAUAUAGUGAGACAGCUGGCAAUUCAUUUGGUAACUGAAAUAAGCAAACAAAUAAAAAAUAAGUCUUGUAUGCUGGCCCACUAGUAACACAGUAUCUCAGAAAGUCAGAUGACAGGAAUCUCUAGCAGACAGAUUGUGACAAAGAGAAAAAAAAACAAAAAACUGAACGUUUAAAGUUAAUGAUGACCUACUAACAAUGUUUUUUUUCCAUCUAACAAGUUGUUUUCAAAAUUAUUUUAAACUUUUUAGAGAAAUCUGAGGGCUGACAUUUCUACCAGCUAAAUGGCAUUCGUUGGUAGGGCAAUGGGUAGGAAUGGGUAAGGGAAGAAAAUAUAUAUAUAUAUAAUUGAAAGCAAUUGGAAGUAAACUUUUUUUUUAAUUUAAUUUUUUAUUUUUUUAUUAUUUAUUUAUUUAUUUAUUCCAUUUAAUGUAAUGCUUAGCUUGGAAAGUUGAUUAAAGACUUUAAGUGUCUAUAAAUCAGACAAGGAAGGAGCAAAUGAAGACCCAUCCCAAGAUAAGAAAUUCUGCUGUUUUAUAGCGCAUUCAAUUCAUAUUGUGGAAAUCUUGAACUCUGUCAAGGAUACUGUACUGUAUUAAACAUGUAAAAAAAAAUAAAAAUGUUUGUCUAAGUAGUUUACAAAAAUAAUAACUCCUUAAAUGGAGACUGGGGAUCUGUAGUAACUAAAUACCUUAUUUGUUAUGGUGUUGUAACUCAAUAGAAGCUGUUCGAGAGGAAGCAUGGUGUAUGAGAUUUUGUAAGUUAUUUGUGCUGGUUCUGUAUGUUGUGCCAUGUGUGUAAGACAAGAAUAAAGAGAUGCUUUUGUUCAUUCCAUCCCAAAACAA